AUGGCCCUAAAUACAGCCGUCUCUAUCUCUCCACGAGAUAACUUCCCGGAUGUUCUUAGAGAGAAACGGGUCUUGUUGACGACAGAAUCACUCGGUCCGGUCAACGGCGUCAGUCGCACAACGCGCAGUCUCGUCGAUUAUCUCCAUCGCAAUGGAGUAGACCUGGCAGUGGUUGCGCCGCGCUUUGAGGGCCAUCAACAGCAGCAGGCAGGUGAAAAGCCAUUCCGCGAAGUGCGCAUACCCGGAUAUCCACUACCCUACAAUCCGGACCUGACAGUGGUGUAUCCAUUCCACCUAAACGAUGUCUACCGACAAACCUUCGAGCCUGACGUGAUCUAUCUGGCUAGCCCUGCCUCGCUUGGUUUCCAGAUGCUGCUACUUCUUCGCCAGCUGCGACGUUCUCCGGUUGUGCUGUUGAACUUUCAGACGGAUUUAUCUGCAUACAGCGAAAUCCUCCUGCCGGCUCCGUUGGACCGCUUCGCUGUCUGGCUUCUGGCGACGGUGCAGGGGUACUUGUUUAGUCUCCCCGCCGUGCACACCAUCUUCUAUCCCUCUUCUACUAUACAAGGGUAUCUCGAGAAGACAGGAGCACCGCAGAACCGAUUCCAUAAACUUGGCCGUGGCGUCGAUACUUCACUAUUCAACCCAUCCCAUCGCGAUGAAAACUACCGCCAGUCAAUCGCCCCCAACAACGAAAUAAUCCUCGUCUACGUAUGCCGCCUAGCCCCAGAAAAAGGCUUCAACUUCCUAGCUCGCGCAGCAACACGUCUCGCAGCAGCAAACCUACCUUUCAAACUCCUCAUCGUAGGCGGCAACCGCAACCCAGCCGUCGAAACUCGUAUCCACCGUCUCUUCGACGCAGUCCAGGACCAUGUCAUUUUCACCGGCUUCCUGACGGGCGUGGAUCUCGCGCGCGCAUACGCUGCUGGGGAUUUAUUCCUGCACUGCUCUGUAACUGAGACGUUUGGGCUUGUCGUGCUUGAGGCCAUGGCUAGUGGGCUUCCGGUUAUCGCGCGCGAUCAGGGCGGGCCGUCGGAUAUUAUUCGUAAUGGUCAGACGGGGUAUCUCGUGUCGCCGGACGAUCUGGAUGGGUUUGUCGCGUUGGUAAGACAGAUGUCGCUUGACGGGGGACUCCGGUCUAGUCUGAGCCGUGCUGCUCGGGGGUAUGCGGACGAGACGACGUGGGAGGCUAUUAAUCGUCGCGUGGCGUGGCAGAUUGCGGAUGCUGUCAAGUCGCAGCCGCUCUCGAGAGUGUCGUUUACUCCCCUGCACAUGGCGUGGAAGGUUAUUGAGAAAAUGCGCCUUCUGGCUGCUGUGGGGAUGGUGUAUUUGAUGUGGUUGAUUGCUGUGGUGCCGUUGAUUGUACAUGGGGAGGUUAUACCGCAGUUGCGCGCUGUUUACAAAGUCCGGAAAUAG